UCCCCUCGCUGCUGUCACUCUUCAGGGAAACGCUCACACGGGAGGUGGCAGCACUCCGUAGUCUUGGCGCUGCGAUAAGCCCAGAGGUUGUCUUCCCUUCUCCGCAGGAUCGGCUCCAAGGGGUCAGACAUGGCGGAGACCGGAGGUGCAAGUGCGUACGGAGCCGCGCUGGCCGGAGGAGGCUUUGACUUCUACAAGUUCGUCCGACAGCCGCAAACCAUCGUGCGGCUCCUGAGCUGGGUGUUCGGCCUGGUGGUGUUUGCCUGCAUCACCACAGAGGGCUACGUCAACUCUCCUACCAGCCCCGAUGCGAAGUGCAUCUUCAACCAGAGGGACUCUGCGUGUCAGUAUGCUGUGGGCGUCGGAGUGAUCGCCUUCCUGGCCUGCAUAGGCUUCCUCAUGCUGGAUGUCUACGUGCCCUUUAUGAGCAACGCCCAGGACAGGAAGUACACUGUCAUGGCGGACCUUGGAUUCUCAGGGGUGUGGACCUUCCUGUGGUUUGUGUGUUUCUGCCUGCUGGCCAGUCAGUGGGCUCGCACACACGAUGUCAGGGCGAUCCCUGAGGACGCUGCGCGAGCCACCAUCGCCUUCUCUUUCUUCUCCAUCGCCACAUGGGGAAUCCUAACCUACUUCGCCCUGGGCCGUUUCCGUCGGGGCGUCGGCGACGCCAGCAUUCCCACCUACACGGAGCCGCCCGCGGAUCUCCACACUCCCUACCCCCCCACCUACGCGCCCACCUCCUACAACCCCACCACGUACACCCCCACCACCUACAUCUACCCCAACAACGAAUCGCAGAAGCAGCCCCCCUUCACCUCCAGCCUCCCGCCGCAGGACGACUCCGGCUACCUGCCGCCCAAAUACUGAGGCAGAGGGGGGCGUCUCCAGUGGAUGAUGCAGCGCUCCGGGUCAUCCGCGGAGCGACGUGGCGCCGCACAGACGCGGGGCUCCAUCACACUGGUGCGGUUUCACGUUCAAUUCAACACACUGGGAGCACCAAAGCCUCACUGCGAUACAAGGAGUGCAUGUCUUCUUUUUUUUUUUUUUUUUUUUUUUUUUUUUUUUUAAGAUCAGAUUUGAAGACAUUGAAGAGGCUUGAGCAAUGCGACCUUUGGGCGAGCGGUAGCGUUUACCUCAGACGGGCGGAACCUGCAGGGGAGAGGUAGAGUCAUGCUGCAAAGAAUCCUGAAGAGGAACAACAAUCAGAGAGGAAGAGUACUUUCUUUCUUCUAAAGACAGUCUGGUUAUGUGUUGUUGUUUUUUUGUUUUUUUUUGUGGAUGCUUCUUUUCCUUGAAACGACUCAUAAAGCUACAGUAAUAUGAUUUACCAAAUUGGUGAUAAGGUUUGUGGAGGAAAAAACAAAAAACAAACAAGUUCAUGUUUUUAUAACCAUGGAUUUUGUAAAUGUUUUACAAAUACUGUGAGAAAUCACCAGGAAUGAUUUUUUUUUUCUUCCUUUUUCUUUUGCUGUCUAAACAAAUUAAAGCCAUGAAGAUCCAGCAUUUCCUCCAGUCUGACCAUACUAACGCUAACAGAUUUGUCUCCAGUAAAAAACAAAAACAAAACAGGUUUACAUUUGUUGAACUGACCUUUAAACUUGCAGCUAGCUUUCAGAUCGAGAGGGAGGAGCUUUGAGAUAACGCAGCACUUAUUUAACAGGUCCGGCCCACUGAAUGCUUCCUUCUGCACACUUUCCGUGCAGCGUUUCUUCCUCCAUCGCCUGAGACCAGACACUGACAUUAAGUAUCUGCAGUUCACAGGCUAACCCCCCCCCCCCUCCUUUUAUAACUGCACUAGUGUGAAUCCCUUUGAUUUGAGAAGGACUUGCAGUUCGUUUGCUCUGUGCCAGGCGCGAACAGGUUUGUCUGCUCUGUCUGAUGCAGAUCGUUAGGCGGCCUGAUUAUUGGUUUUUGUUUCAUUGUUUUAAGCAGAAGUUGAACCUAAGAAUAGAUUGUGGUAUUUGUUUGUUUUGCUCGAGUCAUCGGUGCUAACACGUUUCUCUGUUUCAUUAAAAAUAUGCAGAAAUUAUUGUUUUUUAAAAAAAGAAAACUUCUGCACAUAAGACUUUGUUUGUACAUAAAAAUUGUCAUGUAACAUUGAGAAGCCAUUAAUGGGAUAAAUUAACUACAGCACCCUGCAAAGGUAAUAAUGCAUCCCGUAAAAUACUCUGCAGUUUGUUUUUGUAAUGUGACAAAGGGUAAAGAGGUUAAUUGGAAGGGGAAUGCUUUAGAAAUGUACUGUACAAACAGAAACUGCAGAAACUCUCUGUCUCCCAGGGAGUGAGUUCUGGCUACGUAUGGCGAUGGAGGAAGGAAGGAACAAACGUUUGUAUCUCAGAGCUGCGAGCGUUUUCCUCCUCAGGGCAAUAAUUGGGUAGGAGGAGGAGAAACGUCUGUGUUUCCUUAAACUGGUUUGGGAACCCAAGGGCAGCGAGUCUAAAAUGUGACUAAAUCUUUUGGUAACAUCGAGGUUGAGUCGGCUGCGUUCAGAGUCGCAUGCUGACCGCGUAGUUCUUGACUCUAUUCUCCGACAGCGAGAUUUAAAGCAGCUUCUUUUUUUAAAAUGACUCUUUUCUUUUCCAAAUGGGCCGUGAAUCACGUCGGCCCAAAAGCGACGAGGCCCGGGUUUUGUGAUCUGCUGCAAAUGGUCCUAUGAUCUCUGAUGAAUAUCUGAAUCAUGUGCAUAUUGUUUGGUUUCUGCUUUAAAAUAAAGGAUUUGUGGAUGGGAAAUUGUUUGUUAAAUAUUAAA